AUGACGGUGGUGGAGUUUUUUGGCUGCAGUUUCCUUGCGUUCGGGCCACCGGUGGCUAUGUUUGCUCUCACGAUCGCGCACGAUCCCAUACGUAUCAUUAUUUUGAUAGCUGCAUCCUUCUUCUGGCUAGUAUCCUUAUUGCUAUCUUCGACGGUUUGGCUAGCGUUUUAUCCGGUUACCCCACAAGUUACUUUUGGUUUGAUAUGCUCAGUUUUCAUUCAGGAAGCAUUUAGGUUUCUCAUGUACAAGGUACUACGCAAAACGGAAAGCGGUCUUCAAGAAGUAACUGAUAUUGUACGGAUUCCUGACUACCAGCACAUUCUUUCCUAUGCAUCCGGUCUUGGCUUUGGCAUCAUAAGUGGUGCAUUUUCGUUGGUAAACAUCCUAGCCGAUUCCGUCGGGCCGGCUACAGUUGGACUUAAGGCUGGGUCAGAUAUUUUUAUGCUCAUUAGUGCAGCCCAAUCCUUGGCCAUGAUCCUGCUGCAUACUUUCUGGAGUGUGAUCUUCUUCAACGCCUGCGAUGUUAAAAACUACUAUCAUAUUGCCUACGUUGUCGCUAGUCAUUUGUUUGUUUCAUGCCUAACGCUACUAAACGCGAGCGCACUAUUCGGUGUCACACUUAGUCUGUCGUACCUAAUGCUCUGCGUUACAGGUGCAAUUGCAUUCCAAGUGGCCGGCGGCACACUUAUUUCCUUCCGAAAAUUCCUUACUUGCAAGUAAAGCCUCCCCUCAUUACAUUAGCUGUAAUAUUUAACUUAAUAAAGAGAAUAUAUACAAACGAUUUAACGUAAAACUUAUGUAAGUAUGUUAUUCAUCUUUCAUUCUCAUUUGAAUUAAAUUAUAACAAGGAUAGUUCGAAU